CCAUAGAGAUGCCAAACCCUCUUUUCGAUUGUUCUUUUGCUUUCCUUUUCAAAAUAAUUUUGCAGAAAAUAUAUGCUGUUUUUUGAUGUUGCGAGCUUUCAGGAAAAUCGAUGAGUCUCAAAAAUAAUUAGUUAAUGGUAUAAUUAUGCUGCAAUACGCCGAUAUUUCCUUGAUGAUUCGCUGAUCAUACUUUCUUUGAAAAUUGACAUCUCGUAGAAGCCGUGGAUCGUAGGCUGCUGAAUAGGAAAAUGAAAAAUGAGCACGUACUGUGAAGCUCGCUGUGAAGUGCGAAAAGAACAAGGGGGACAGGCUAGACGCAGAAAUUGUGAUUCUUUUUGUGUUUUGCAUUUGUAAGUGCAGCGAGAGGUUUCAAACGGACGUUCAACCCUUGCAAGCAAUAUGGCAGAAAAAGAACAAGUCAAGCCAGUGGAACAAAAUGCUUCCAAUUCAGUUCCUGACGAGCCUAAGAACGUUCAAGAGCUUGCAACCUAUGUGCAGAGCCUGCUGGAGAACAUGCAGCAGCGCUUCCAGACCAUGUCGGACAACAUCAUCAGCAGGAUCGACGAGAUGGGUGACCGCAUCGACGAGCUCGAGAAGAGUGUUGCAGAUGUGAUGACUCAGGCACAACCUGUCGAUGAUGGAGACAAGUAACGCCCUCUGGUGAUGGCAAGGUGUGCCUGACGUCACUAUUACGUCACACUGCCAGCUGUCAUCUGUCACAGUGCUGGAAACGAGGCCGCUUUCU